AUGUCGCCAAUCGUAAUGGAACAACCCCCCGCUUUGAGCAUGCACCACCUUUCUCGUCUGCAGCAGACGCCGUUCUCUCCGAACGGCCCUGCCGACCAGCACACCGCGUCGUCUCUCCAACACGACCACGUCCUCCAGCACGCCGACCACGCUCACCCCCUUCACCAGCGUAUCAGUUCCGCGGAGUUCACCUCCUACGAACAGCUGUUGCAGCACCAGAAGGACCGCCAGCAUCCCGACGACGACGCGCUGGGUGGCUUGGACCCUGCUGGCUCGCCCACCGUCGAUCCACCUCAGCACCCACCUUCACAUCAUUCGCCAUCUUCUCAGCAACAGCCUUCACCUCAGCAUCAGCAACAGCCCCAGGCGCCUACUCAACAGCCUGCUGCACAGCAGCAACAGCAACCGUCGCGCCCACAGUGCACAAACUGCGGCACUUUAGACACGCCCCUUUGGAGACGCGACACUGAAGGCAAGACCAUCUGCAAUGCUUGCGGUCUUUACCUCAAAUCACGCAAGGUGGCUCGCCCCACUUCUUUGGCCCGCACUCCAACUCCUACCGUCGUUGCUUCAUCUACUAACGCAUCGACUGCUACCAACUCCAUUCCUACACCCAACUCCCCUACAUCGUCCACAUCGUCACCGUCAACCAAGUCGACGGGUAAUAACACAGGUGCGCCACUCUUGAAUGCUGGGGGGGGCACGUGCCCUGGAGAUGGGCGGUGCGAUGGCACUGGCGGAUCCAGCGCGUGUGCGGGAUGCCCGACGCUGAAUAAUUCGCUUGCAGUGGGCAGAAUGGAGGUUGAUGCCGUUGCUUCUACCGGUGCUGGCAGAGAGGAGGGCGCUCCAUCGCCGUCUGCUGCUCCCCAGUCGCCACCAGCUGGUGCGGGGACUCCCGUUGGUGGGAAGAAGGGGAACAAGACGGCUGUUGGUGCCUUGAGUUGUGCGAACUGCGGUACGAGCACUACGCCGCUUUGGAGGAGGGAUGAUGUAGGGAACAAUAUUUGCAACGCUUGUGGUCUGUACUUCAAGUUGCAUGGCACACAUCGGCCGAAUUCCAUGAAGAAGACGGUGAUAAAGCGCCGUAAGCGAGUGCCCGCGGCUGCGGGCAUGUCCUCCGCGCGGAUCACGGACCACCAAGCUGCCGAGGCGCUCGCAGGGCUCGGUCAAUCUGGCGGCAGCCAGCAUACUAAUACGGGUGGUGAAGAGAGCGAUGCUGAUGGUCUUGAGGAACCGCAACCACGCCGGAAGCGCGCGCGGAGGGGCAGGAGCGAUCGUGAGAAGGGAAGGCUUAGAGAAAAGGAUGAAGAUGAGGAUAUGGGCGAGCCAGAAGACGGGGAUGAGAACCUGAGCGGAAGUAUGGGGAGGGCACGCAAGGGUGGUGUCGGGCUUAGCAUACAGCAGAUCGCGGAGGCACUUGGGGAGCGUGGACACUCGUUAGCAAGGGGUGCUGCCAUGCAGUCUGGCGCUUCUCAAGCCGAUAUGGACAGGGUUGCACAUCAACUCGCGCGUUCGGGCCAUGGCUUCAUUGCCGCGCCGCAUCCAGGCCUCGAUCUUCCCCCGCUCAACGCAGCGCUCGGUGAGCGGUAUGGCUACGGCCCGCUGGGACUCGUGGGUGCGCGGGACUUUGGCGGUGCACCGUCGAGCUAUAUCCGAUCUGGUUCGAACGCGCCCAGCCGCACCCAUUCGCCCCUGAACCCAGGGAUCGCAGCAGCGGCCGCCGCCGCCGUAGGGUACGUGUUACCCCCACCGCACGCGAUCGGCCAUCCAUACUAUACGCUGGGAGGCCAUCACGUACAUACGCCACCUCCCGUUCUCCAUGAGGCGAUGAUGAACGGUAUGUUGGGAAGUGGUGUGCCCACGCUUAAGGAGUUACAGCAACACUAUGUCGAGUUGCAAGAACAGCGGAGGAAGUUUGAGGAGAUGAUCGAGAAGACAGAUCGGAUGAUGGCAGGUGUGAAGAGGGGGAUUGAUGAGAUGUUGAAUGCCUCUCAGCCGCAACAGCAAUCGCCGUCUCAAGCACCUUCACAAACCCAAGCCUUGACGUCCUCUCCGCAGCCGUCACAGCAGCAGCAAUCACCAGUGUUACAGCCACAACAAGCUGCGUCUGCACACGCUUCCACUGAGCAGCCAUCUGCAACCCCUGUGAACGUUGGUAGGCCUGGAGAUCGUAGCCGCGAGUCGAUUUGGCCCGUUUCUCCUGCUGUUGGCGAGACUGCCCCUCGCGAAUGA